GUUCAGUUCCUGAUGUGAUGCAGAGUGUGUAAUGAUCUCAAUUCACACACGAUCCGUUAAUAACACUCACAUUUCUCGUCAGAUCUGAAUUAAACUCAUCUCAGUGUUGGGGUAUGGAGUCUGGAGUAAUGUAAGCUGGAUCUUUUCCUGUCCCUGUAGCGUCGACAGACAGCAUGGGGCUGGACUUUGACGUCAAGACAUUCUGCCACAACCUGCGGGCAACUAAACCCCCCUACGAGUGCCCGGUGGAAAGCUGCCGUAAAGUCUACAAAAGCUACAGCGGUAUUGAGUACCACCUGUACCAUUACGAUCACGAAAACCCUCCUCCGCCCCAGAGCACCCCUCAGAAGAAGCGCAAAGGGCGACCUCCACGGGCUUCCUUGAUGGGGUCAGGCGAUGGCCCUGAUUCCAGUACUGGCUCUGGGAUUACCGGGCAAGGGACGACACCAGGUAGUCCAGCGGAGCGCUCCGAACCCUCGCACUCACCCAUGCGAGAGACAAUGACCUACGGUGAGGCCCAGCGCAUGGUGGAAUUGGAGAUCCGCGGGCGAGUCCAUCGCAUCAGCAUCUUUGAAAACCUGGAUGUGCUCUCCGAGGAGGACAGUGGAGCUGAAGACAUCCCGUCCUCUGGAAUGGGCGGCUCGGCAGCAUGUAAUGGGGGUGGCAGUGAUGGUGGGGGGAUUGAUAAGGACAGACCAGAUGCUUCUGCAACCAAUGGGGAGAAGGGGCCUCAGAAAGCAGGCAAACACAAGAGUAAAGAGAAAAAGAAAGACAGCAGCUCAUAUCAUCACGUGAACACGAGCGGGCCGGCCAUCAAGCUGCCUGAGGUGGUGUUCAGAGAACUGGAUCAGGACAGACCCAAUGCCCCGCCUCGACCCACAUCUUACUACAGGUACAUUGAUAAGUCUGCUGAGGAGUUGGAUGAAGAGGUGGAGUAUGAUAUCGAUGAGGAAGACUACAUCUGGCUGGACAUCAUGAACGACAGGCGUCGAGCUGAAGGUGUGGCUCCCAUCCCGCAGGAGGUGUUUGAGUAUCUGAUGGAUCGACUGGAGAAAGAGUCGUACUUUGAGAGCCAUAACAAGGCUGACCCGAGCUCUCUGAUCGAUGAAGAUGCCGUGUGCUGUAUCUGUAAUGACGGCGAGUGUCAGAAUAGUAAUGUCAUCCUGUUCUGUGACAUGUGUAAUCUGGCCGUGCAUCAGGAGUGUUACGGGGUUCCUUACAUCCCUGAGGGCCAGUGGCUGUGUCGACGCUGCCUGCAGUCACCCUCCAGAGCCGUGGACUGUGCCCUGUGCCCGAAUAAGGGUGGGGCUUUCAAACAGACAGAUGAUGCCCGCUGGGCACAUGUAGUGUGUGCGCUCUGGAUUCCGGAGGUGUGUUUUGCAAAUACAGUCUUCCUGGAGCCCAUCGACAGCAUUGAGCACAUCCCACCCGCACGCUGGAAGCUCACUUGCUACAUCUGUAAACAACGCGGCUCUGGCGCAUGUAUUCAGUGCCACAAAGCUAACUGCUACACCGCCUUCCAUGUCACCUGCGCCCAACAGGCCGGUCUCUACAUGAAGAUGGAGCCCGUGCGAGAAACCGGCGCCAACGGGACUUCCUUCAGUGUACGCAAGACUGCCUACUGCGACAUCCACACACCACCAGGCUCCGCCCGUCCGCUGGGAGGAGUGGGAGGGGCCAGUAUGGGCUCCUCCCACAGUGAGGGUGAGGCAGAGGAUGAGGAUGACGUGCCAGUGGGUGAAGAAGAUGGAAAAGGGUGGAGCUCUGAGCGAGCGAAAAGAGCGAAAGCAAAGUCCCGUCUGAAGAUGAAAAGAGCGAGGAAGAUACUGGCUGAGAGGAGAGCGGCCGCACCGGUGGUGUCUGUGCCAUGUAUACCACCUCACAAGUUGAGUAAGAUCACCAGUAACCUGACAGUGCAGAGGAAGAGUCAGUUCAUGCAGAGACUACACAGCUACUGGACCUUAAAGAGACAGAGCCGCAAUGGCGUCCCUCUCCUGCGACGACUCCAGACACACCUACAGUCACAACGCAAUGCUGAACCGCUCCCAACCGUGGCCGCAAGGGACAGUGAAGAGAAGCCUUCCAUGUUGAAGGAGCAGUUGAAAGCAUGGCAGCGGCUCAGACAUGACCUGGAGAGAGCUCGAUUGCUGGUAGAACUCAUCCGCAAGAGAGAGAAACUCAAGAGAGAGACCAUUAAGAUUCAGGAGCUGGCAUUGGAAAUGCAGUUGACUCCAUUCCUGGCUUUGUUGCGCAGCACUCUGGAACAACUGCAGGAACGAGAUACCAGUAACUUCUUCACUGAGCCUGUACCUUUAAGUGAGGUCCCAGAUUACCUGGACCACAUUGACCGUCCGAUGGACUUCCAGACUAUGUGGAAUUGUUUAGAAUCACAUCGUUAUCUCAGCUUUGACGCUUUCGAGGGCGACUUCCUGCUGAUCGUCAACAACUGUUUGAAGUACAACGCCAAAGACACCAUCUUCUACCGUUCUGCACUGCGAUUAAGAGAAGCAGGUGGCGCUGUUUUACGGCAAGCUCGCAGGCAGGCUGAGAGGAUCGGUUUCGAUUAUGAGACGGGCAUGCAUCUUCCCCGAGAUCCGAGCCCAGAAUCGCCUCUCGAACGAGAGAGACAGAGAGACCGCGAGAGAGAGAGAGCAGCAUCAAUGGCUGAAGAUGAUCUGCUUCCGGAGACACGGCGGCGUUUGCCUCUAGAGGAGCAGCUGCAGAUCCUGCAGGCGCAUUAUGAUGAGGUCAUGUCAGGCAAGCACAGCAUUGGUCAGUCCCGGCGAGCGAAAGCCUUGAAGAAGGAGAUGACAGUGAUUAAGCGGAAGAUGGCCCACCAGCGUGAGGGCAGCUGUGGGAUGGGCAACCACGAGUCAGGCGUGUCGCUGGAGUGCGGCUCAGUCCUCGCGCAUCACGCCUCUGCUAGCACACGACACGAUGAGGGGGAGAGCAGCAGCCACGAGAUCGGCGGGAAAGAUCUAAGCACGUCCUCAUCUGUGCUGGCACCUGAGGUGGGUCGUCGUACCUCUGUCCUCUUCAAGAAAAACCCUAAAGCUGCGGGGCCUCCCAAGCGCCCGGGUCGACCCCCUAAGAACCGAGAUGCUCUUCAUGGCCUAGGGGUGUUGAGCUCAAGUCCCGUGGGCCCACCACAGUUGCCCUCCCUCAUCUCGUCACGCAAAAGACCCCACAGUCCUCAGUCCAGCUCCAGUUCAGAGUCCGACAGCGAAAACGAUCACCUCUUGUUGGAUCUUCAGAGUAAUGGUUUUGGUGGCAGCAGUCAGCCGGUGACUGAGAGUUUUCGGGUGUACAGGAACGAGCGCAGUCUGCCGCGCUCCAGCUCUGAUUCUGAAUCCACCAGCAGCAGCAGCAGCAGCGCAGCAUCAGACAGAACCAGCACUCCCUCUAAACAGGGCCGUGGCAAAGCGUCGUUCUCUCGCUCCGCAUUUCAGGAGGACAGCAGUGAGGAGACGUCUGGAACAGAGAACGACUCCUACUCCAUGGGUGGAGGCCGAGGAGUCUCACACUUGGUUCGGAGCAGGGGCCGCUCUGGCUGCUGGAUGAGCUCAGAUGACUACAGUUCGUUGGACGCUCUCGAUCUGGUGUGGGCCAAGUGCAGAGGAUACCCCUCUUACCCCGCUCUGAUCAUUGAUCCUAAGAUGCCGAGAGAGGGUGUGUUCCACAGGGGUGUCCCAAUCCCCGUCCCACCGCUAGAGGUGCUAAAACUGGGAGAGCAGAUGACACAGGAGGCGCGAGAACAUCUCUUCCUAGUGCUCUUCUUCGACAACAAACGAACCUGGCAAUGGCUGCCGCGCUCCAAACUGGUUCCUCUCGGUGUCAAUCAGGAUCUGGAUAAGGAGAAGAUGCUGGAGGGCAGGAAGUCAAACAUCAGGAAAUCUGUUCAGGUGGCAUACCACCGUGCCAUGCAGCACCGCAACAAGGUCCAGGGCGACCCCAGCAGUGAUACCAGUGACAGUGACUGAAUAAACACAUGCGCACACACACAUCCAACUGAAAGAACUACAGAAAGAGAUGCAUUUACUGAAACAUAGCACAAAAUGACUUCCUUAAUCAGUAUUUUUAUCUUGUUCUCCAAUGAAAAUAUCUAAACAUCCUUAAAAUAUUAAAUUAUUUUCUUUUAGAUGCAAAUUUGCAUAAGAUAUUAGGUCUUGUUUUCAGAGAAUCUCUUGAAUUACAUAAUUUUUUCGUGCUCUGCCAAUAUAUAUUUAUAAAUAUAUACACGUUCAGCCACAACAUUAAACCACCAGCCUAAAAUCGUGUAGGUCCCCCUUGGACCAACCGGCAUGUCAGAAUAGUAUUCAGAGAUUAUAUUCUUUUUACCUCAAUUGUACAGAGUGGUUAUCUGAGUUACAGUAGACUUUAUCAGUUCGAAUCAGUCUGACCAUUCUGUCUUAUCAACAAGUGUUUCCAUCCACAGAACUGCCGCUCACUGGAUGUUUUUUGUUUAUGGCACCAUUCUGAGUAAAUUCUAGAGACUGUUGUGUUUGACAAUCCCAGAAAUACUCAAACCAGACCAUCUGACACCAACAAUCAUCUAUGCAAUUAUAUAAUGAGCCAAUCAUGUGACAGCAGUGCAAAAAAUCAUGCAGAUACAGGUCAGGAAUUUCAGUUAAUGUUCACAUCAACCAUCAGAAUGGGGAAAAAUGUGAUCUCAGUGAUUUGGACCGUGGCAUGAUUGUGUCAGACGGGCUGGUUUGAACUGAUAAAGUCUACUGUAACUCAGAUAACCACUUUGUACAAUUGUGGUAAAAAGAAUAUAAUCUCUGAAUGCUAUUCUGUGUGUGUGUGUGUGUGUGUGUAUAUAUAUAUAUAUAUAUUGUAAUCAAAUAUCUAACACGUUUUUAAGUGGCCAAUCCGUAAACGUUCAAAUUGUCACUGUUUCAAAAUUAUAGACAAAAGAUGUAAACAUGAUUUAAGUGUGAUAAAAUCACUUACUAACCUUUUCUGAGUAAACUUACAGACAAUCUUUGUAGGCAUGAUGAUGUAAUGUCAAUAAGCCCUAAAACGUCUGAAAUAAUGAUGAUUUAAGCAACUUUACAGCUCAAAUAAUACACGAGUUUUAACAGAAGAAUUCAUGUAAGUGCUUUUAUAAAAUUAGGCACAUUGAAUUCUAUUGUAAGUGCCUCACUGGAACCUUGAAGAAGGGACGUUACAAAAAUAGAUUUUUAUUUGUAAUCAGCAUUAUGCCACAAAUGCUGUUCAUUGAGCUUAACUUGUGUUGAUUCCAGAUUAUUCCUUUAAAACAAGAUACAUUUACUCGAGAAACAAUUAAUGGCAGAAUAUUAAGACUUGUUUUCAGAGAAUUAGAUUGUUCUGGCAAAAUUGGGGACAGAAUUUUCAGAUUUGGUAAACCAUACAUUUCAUAUCUUAUGUAAUUAUGUUAAUGUAAAUCUAUCUUGUUUAAAGGAUGUUUUGAGAUUUGAACUGGGAUACAAACAAAAAAAAGAUUAAGAAGUUUUUACAUCCCCCUACAAUAAACUAGAGACAAAGAUGCAUUUGAAGUAAACACACACACACACACACACACUGUAAUGCUCUCUACUCUGGUGCUAAACUGCUUCAGGCCUGAUGUUGAAGGACGUGUCCGCCAGGAUGUGUGUAUGAGUGUGUUCACUGAUUAAAUGCACCUGGUUGCGAAUAAUAAAGGACAAAUACGCAGUUCAUGAUCCUCACACUACUGCCAGUAUCAAUAUUUGAAGAACACUUUGAUAGACCCCUGCUUUCUACUUUUUACAAUGCUUGUGAAAACACAACUCCAAAUUUAGCACACCUAAACCAUGUGCUCUGCUGAUUGUCUGUGAGUGUGUGAGAGUGAUCAUUCAUGCGUGUGUGAGGCUGAAAUGAACAGCAUGCACUACAUUUUGUGCAGAGGAUGCAAAAAUGUCAAAAGAAAUGUAUUUAUUUGUUCUUCCAAAUGAGACAAGCCCUUCUCUUCCCAUAAACACACCCACACACACCCUCAGCUCGUAAAUCGGUGUACCUGUCGGUGUUUGUUGUGUAUAUUUCUCGUGAUCUGAAUCGUUUCUUGAAUGAAUGAAUGCAUUGAUAACUAAAUGUUGUCUGGUCAUGUGCCAGUUCUGUUACUGUAGAAAUUUUUUAUAUAUAUAUAUAUAUAUAUUACAAAUGUAUUUGCGAUAGACUUUAAUAAAAAGAUUUGAGUUUUGUACAUUUGUUUCAUGAGUGCAGAAUCAAAUUGUGUAAUGAGUGUGAAAUAAGAGUUGGGAAAUCUCUGUUACACAAAUCAAGUUAAUUCCCAAGUGGAAUAUAAAUAACUAAACUGAUUGGAUAAGAAUUUGAUAAACAGCUUUA